UGGGCUUCUAAAGCGCAUGCAGCUUGUUAAAAGUAGCAAGUGAGAAGAAUAUUUUGUUUUCCUCAAGAAGGCCCUCGUCCACUCACACACUUCAUGACAUCCUAGUCAGUUUUUUGUACAUUUAAUUUAUUAUUUUACAAGCCUAUCAUUAAACCAGUCGAGUACCACUGGUGAUUGCAUUGGUAUUUUCUCUCCAAUCGGACGCGAGCUCAGGCACUUCCCCUAUCAUCGCCGGCGCUGCACUGGUUGAAGUCUACACUGGUUGCCACAACCCGUUUGAUCAGCUGAGGAGCAGACUCACUGCUUCGCCAUGGGGUACGGACGGUCGGACAGCUACCGUGUGGCUACCACACAGGACAACAAAGAUGGAGACAAGGAGUCUCCAUCCAAGAAGGGGAAGGGAGGCAAGGACCUUGAUGACCUGAAGAAGGAAGUCCCUCUGACGGAGCAUAAGAUGUCCGUAGAGGAAUGUUGCCGGAAAUUCAACACUGACAUUGUCCAGGGUCUGACCACUGCCAAGGCUGCUGAGUACCUGAUCCGUGAUGGCCCCAACGCUCUGACCCCUCCGCCCACCACCCCGGAGUGGGUGAAGUUCUGCAGGCAGCUGUUUGGAGGCUUCUCCGUCCUGCUGUGGAUCGGAGCCAUCCUCUGCUUCCUGGCCUACGCCAUCCAGGCCGCCACGGAGGACGACCCCGCCGGAGACAACUUGUACCUGGGUAUCGUGCUGUCAGCUGUGGUCAUCAUCACCGGCUGCUUCUCCUACUUCCAGGAGGCCAAGAGCUCCAAGAUCAUGGAGUCCUUCAAGAACAUGGUGCCCCAGCAAGCCCUGGUGAUCCGCGAGGGUGAGAAGCUCCAGAUUAAUGCUGAGGAGGUGGUGGCCGGAGACCUGGUGGAGGUGAAGGGAGGAGACCGCAUCCCCGCUGACCUGCGCGUCAUCUCCGCCCACGGCUGCAAGGUUGACAACUCUUCUCUGACUGGUGAGUCGGAGCCCCAGACCAGGUCACCUGACUGUACCCAUGACAACCCCCUUGAGACUCGCAACAUCGCCUUCUUCUCCACCAACUGCGUUGAAGGUACCGCGCGCGGCAUCGUGAUCAGCACCGGCGACCGCACGGUGAUGGGUCGCAUCGCCACGCUGGCGUCCGGCCUGGACACGGGCAAGACGCCCAUCGCCAAGGAGAUCGAGCACUUCAUCCACAUCAUCACGGGCGUGGCCGUCUUCCUGGGCGUCUCCUUCUUCAUCCUGUCCAUCGCGCUGGGCUACACCUGGCUGGAGGCCGUCAUCUUCCUCAUCGGCAUCAUCGUGGCCAACGUGCCCGAGGGACUGCUCGCCACCGUCACCGUGUGUCUGACGCUGACAGCCAAGCGUAUGGCUCGCAAGAACUGCCUGGUGAAGAACCUGGAGGCCGUGGAGACCCUCGGCUCCACCUCCACCAUCUGCUCCGACAAGACCGGCACCCUGACCCAGAACCGCAUGACCGUGGCCCACAUGUGGUUCGACAACCAGAUCCACGAGGCUGACACCACUGAGGACCAGUCUGGCGCCUCCUUCGACAAGUCCUCCGGCACGUGGGUGGCUCUGGCGCGCGUGGCCGGCCUGUGCAACCGCGCCGUCUUCAAGGCGGGCCAGGACACUCAGCCGAUCCUGAAGCGUGACGUGGCCGGCGACGCCUCCGAGUCGGCCCUGCUCAAGUGCAUCGAGCUCUCCUGCGGCUCCGUCAAGGCCAUGAGGGAGAAGAACAAGAAGGUGGCCGAGAUCCCCUUCAACUCCACCAACAAGUACCAGCUGUCUGUGCAUGAGACGGAGGAUGAGAACGACAACCGCUACCUUCUGGUGAUGAAGGGAGCACCAGAGAGGAUCCUGGACCGCUGCUCCACCAUCAUGGUCCAGGGCAAAGAGCAGAACAUGGACGAGGAGAUGAAGGAGGCCUUCCAGAACGCCUACCUCGAGCUCGGAGGACUGGGAGAGAGGGUGCUGGGCUUCUGCCACGUGUUGCUCCCGGAGGACCAGUUCCCCAAGGGCUUCGCCUUCGACACGGACGACGUCAACUUCCCCACGGAGAACCUCUGCUUCAUCGGCCUCAUGUCCAUGAUCGACCCGCCCCGUGCCGCCGUGCCCGACGCCGUGGGCAAGUGCCGCUCCGCUGGCAUCAAGGUCAUCAUGGUGACAGGCGAUCAUCCAAUCACAGCCAAGGCCAUCGCCAAGGGGGUGGGCAUCAUCUCCGAGGGCAACGAGACAGUAGAGGACAUCGCUGCCCGCCUGAACAUCCCCGUCAGCCAGGUCAACCCCAGGGAUGCCAAAGCGUGUGUGAUCCACGGCACGGACCUGAAGGACCUGAGCACGGAGCAGAUGGAUGACAUCCUGAAGAACCACACAGAGAUCGUGUUCGCCAGGACCUCCCCCCAGCAGAAGCUCAUCAUUGUGGAGGGAUGCCAACGCCAGGGUGCCAUCGUGGCGGUGACGGGUGAUGGUGUGAAUGACUCCCCCGCCCUGAAGAAGGCUGACAUCGGCGUUGCCAUGGGAAUCUCGGGCUCAGACGUGUCCAAGCAGGCUGCCGACAUGAUCCUGCUCGAUGACAACUUUGCCUCCAUCGUCACUGGAGUGGAGGAGGGUCGCCUGAUCUUUGACAACCUGAAGAAGUCUAUUGCCUACACCCUGACCAGCAACAUCCCGGAGAUCACCCCCUUCCUCUUCUUCAUCAUCGUCAACAUCCCCCUGCCCCUCGGCACCAUCACCAUCCUCUGCAUCGACCUGGGUACCGACAUGGUGCCAGCCAUCUCCCUGGCCUACGAGGCGGCCGAGAGUGACAUCAUGAAGCGCCAGCCCAGGAACCCCGCCAGGGACAAGCUGGUCAACGAGAGGCUCAUCUCCAUCGCAUACGGACAGAUCGGUAUGAUCCAGGCUCUUGGCGGCUUCUUUGCCUACUUCGUGAUCAUGGCUGAGAACGGCUUCCUGCCAUCCACGCUGGUGGGCAUCCGGCUGGAUUGGGACGACCGCUACAAAAAUGACCUGGAGGACAGCUACGGACAGCAGUGGACAUAUGAGCAGAGGAAGAUUGUGGAGUUCAGCUGCCACACAGCCUUCUUCGUCAGCAUCGUGGUGGUGCAGUGGGCCGAUCUCAUCAUCUGCAAGACCCGCAGGAACUCAGUCUUCCAGCAGGGCAUGAAGAAUAAGAUCCUGAUCUUCGGCCUGUUUGAGGAGACAGCCCUGGCGGCCUUCCUGUCCUACACACCAGGCAUGGACGUGGCCCUCAGGAUGUACCCCCUCAAGCCUAGCUGGUGGUUCUGUGCAUUCCCAUACAGUUUCCUCAUCUUUGUCUAUGAUGAGAUCCGAAAACUACUCUUGCGUCGGAACCCAGGAGGCUGGGUCGAGAGGGAGACAUACUACUAAAAAAUUAUCAUCCAUUCUUUACUCUACACACUCCCCACUCCCACCCCUCUCCUGCUCCCUUCUCUCCUCCUCCUCCCUCUCGUAAAUUCAUCCCAUCUUUUUCUCAAUCUGUCUCUCUUUUCCUCCUCUCUCUCUUCUUCCCGUCCAAAUCAUCUGUCCAUCAUGUAAGGAAACCGUACUCUAGCCGUUUGUCCCCCUAGUCUUUCGUUUUUUUUCUUUCUUUCUUCCUUUUUUUUCUUUUCCUGCCUCUAGAGGAAACCUGCCAAGACAAGAAGAGGACCAACGACAGAAUUGGAGAGAAAGAGGGAGUUAGAGAAUGAGAGAGAGAGUGAGAGAGAAAGAGACAGAAAGUGAGUGAUGGGGUCACCACCGCCCCUCCUCCUCCUCCUCUUCCCUCCAUCUUUCCUCCUGUCUGUCUGUCUUUUUCUACUUAUCUCUUCCUUUCAUUUAUUUUCUUUUUCGUACCCAAAGACUACAGCUGUAACUCUGCCAGUACUGUUGUUAAUGUGAACGUCUACGAGCGAUACUGUUACUAUUAAAAUGACAACUGUGGCUACUGUACACUGCCACCACUUACCAAGCGGGUCUUAAUCACCCCUGUUGCCCUUAUCAACGGCAGCUCACAUGAAUGCAACCCCACCCCGUCCCACACCCCCAUACACACACACGCACACACACCCUCACCCGAACAUCACCACAUAUUUCACCAGACCAUUCUAGCCAAUACUUUCCUCUCUCUCCUAUCCUUGCCUAUCUUUCUCCUUCUAUCGGCACCUCUGUUCAUCCCUCUCUUUUCCCCCUCCUUUUGUCCCCUUCCAUCCACCCUCUCCUCUGUCCCUCCUAUGACUGUCCAUCUAAGAAGCAGAGAGAUCCUCCUGCUGGGGACCCCCCCAACGCUCACAUUCCUCUAACGAGGGGAAGAAAAGAUGGCAACCGUACACACACCCAUCUUCUUUCCUCCUUUCCUGACUUCUUUGUCACCUUUCCCUCUGCUCUCUUCCCUUUAUCCCACCUCCCUCCUCCCUUAAUUUGUUCUUUCUCGUCUGUUCUGCCUGCUAACCGUGUUGGUGUAUUUCAAUAGAAGACAGUGUUUUUUUUCAAAUACAGAUGUUGGUUACUCUCUUCUUUUUUUUCAAAAUACUGCCAGUGUCCCCCGCCCCCCUCUUGUCAGGAGUGAGCUUGAGAGCUACCUGUUUUUAUUUUUGUGUUGUUUCCUUCAUACAUGACAAAGCACACCAGGCACUCAUCACACUUCUUCUCCCAUCUCUCUCUUUCUCUCCCUCCCUUACUCUUUCUGUCUCUCUUUCUCACUCCUCCUCUCCUCUCCUCUCCGUCGUCCCUUCCCUUCCCUAUUCUUUCUCUCCUGCACUCCCCCUUUCAGCCCUCCCUCUUCUCUGUCCUCCCCUCGUCUGUCUGUCUGUCUGUUUGUGAACGCUGUGCAAAAAAAACCCUCCCUCCUUCUUUCCGUACCCUUCCUCUCCUCCCCCUCUCCUCUCCUCUCCUUUCCUCCCCACCUAGUCCUUGUUGAAAAGAAGAUGAAGAAAAAAAAGAAACUACAAUCUCUCUGUGUCCUAGGAAAAAGAGAUUUCUCUCCAAUUUCAUUGUUUAAAUAAAUUGAAAAGAAGUGACGAUAUAAUGUGGAAAAACUGAAAGGUGUUGUACCUACCGUGCUAAAACAGCAGCAAAAAAUAUGAAAUAAACAGAAGGAUCU